AAAUGUAAAGCGCAGUAACUCGUCUCCAAGGGGUUCUCCUCUUGCCAGCUCUAGACUUCAGCACCACCUCGGCAGACAGGAGAAAUCGGGUACCACCAGUAAAUGACAAAACAGUCCCAGGAGCAGCUCCGCCUAACUGCAUAGGCUCAUCACAAGGCCAACCUUUGAUACCUUAGGAGUAGUUGAAGAUUACUGCAGAGUUCCUGGUUCUUCAGUAAGGACUGCUUUUGAAGACGCCACUUUAGAAGGAUGUGGUGUCGCAGGCUGGCCUGGCUCUUCCCAGAAACCAGAAGGCUUCUAACCAAAGUGGCUAAACGACAACAUCAGUGGACACCCAAAUUGCAAAGGUCUUCUGCUUCAAUUGUUCGAUGGUUCGGUACUGCUCCAGAGGCUCGGGAAUGCUCAUGGGUCUUACAUGCUGAUCAUUUUGAACUGAUAUACUCCGGUACAUGCAUGCACUUUGACUAUGUCUGGCUUCGGGAUCAUUGUCGCUCAGCCUCAUGUUAUAAUACCAAAACCAACCAACGCAGUCUGGACACGGCCAGCGUGGAACUGGACAUCAAACCGGCACAAGUUCGAGUAGAUGAGACCACUCUGUACCUGACAUGGCCGGAUGGUCACAUGACUCGUUAUGGCUUGGAAUGGUUGUCCCAGAACAGCUAUGAAGGACAGACGCAGCAGCUCGUGCAGCCGAGGAUACUGUGGAAUGACGAGAUCUAUAAGGAGGCAAACGUCCCGGCCGUCAGUUACCUGGAUUUCCUGGAGACAAACGAGGGGUUGAGAGACUUUCUGCGCAAUUUCCUCCUUUAUGGUAUUGCUUUUGUAGAUGAUGUUCCAGCCACCCAAGAAGACACCGAAAAUGUGGCAGAGAGAAUUAGUCACAUCCGGGAAACUAUUUAUGGUAAAAUGUGGGACCUCAAAUCUGAUUUCUCACGGGGAGACACGGCGUAUACCAAACUCGCUCUGGAUCGUCAUACAGACACCACGUACUUCCAAGAGCCUUGUGGAAUGCAGCUUUUUCAUUGCUUGCGACACGAAGGUACGGGCGGGCGCACCCUCCUGGUAGACGGCUUCUAUGCUGCCGAGCAAGUGCGACAACAUCACCCUGAAGACUUUGCCGUCCUCAGCAAUAUCCCACUAAAGCAUGAGUACAUUGAAAACGUUGGGGGAUCCCACAACCACAUGGUUGGCAUUGGCCCAGUACUGAAUGUAUAUCCCUGGAAUAAAGAGCUUUAUAUGAUUAGGUACAACAACUAUGACCGCGCUGUCAUUAACACAGUGCCCUACGAUCUUGUGCGGCGAUGGUAUUCCGCACAUCGCGUCCUCACCACUGAACUGAGGAAGCCUGAGAAUGAGCUGUGGGUGAAACUAAAGCCGGGCAAGGUUCUAUUUGUGGAUAAUUGGAGGGUACUACAUGGACGGGAGUCCUUCACAGGUUUCAGACACCUUUGUGGUUGCUAUCUCACCCGGGAUGAUGUCCUGAACACUGCACGUUUACUGGGCCUUAAAGCCUGAAUAUAUUGCAGAGAUUGCAAUGACAUCACUAUAUACACAAUACAAUAUAACCAAAGGCUUACAGAAUUGUACAUUGUGAACUCGCCUCAGGCAGACUUUGAAAGUCAACAUAGGAAUGAUCUACCAAUGUAAUUGUCUCUAUUACUCAAUGCUUCACAGUCCUAUUCUAAUGUAAAUUUUUUUAAUUAUAAUCAGAUGAAUUUACAGAUUAUUAUUUUUUAUCUUCAUUGUAUUAGUAUCUCUAUUAAAGGUACAACACCAGCAACAUUUUUAUCACAUAUUUACAUACAGUACAGACCAAAAGUUUGGACACACCUUUUCAUUCAAAGAGUUUUCUUUAUUUUCAUGACUAUGAAAAUUGUAGAUUCACACUGAAGCCAUCAAAACUAUGAAUUAACACAUGU